AUGGAAAAGAGAAACAAUCAAAAAGUCAAAAAAAGAACUAAUGGAUUAUUAUUAAUUGGUCUAACGGUUUUAUUGGUGGUUGGAAUAUCCGUUGGCAUAGUAGUUUAUCAAAAUAAGGAGCCAAAGCAAAACACCCCCCUUCUUCCCCAACCCCCCCAAAACCCUAACCCUAUUCCUCUGCCGCCAAUCCCUCUACCACCUCUACCUAUUCCUAGAAAUAACCAUUUUGAAGCAAUUUUAGCAACCGGACAAGAACCAGAAUACAAAACUAAUCCUCCGUUGCCAAUUUCCUCAGUGGGAACUGAUUAUAAUACUGCUGACCAAACCCAUUUGCCCGCCGGUUCGGCUUUAAUGACUGAUACUUUGGAUGGUUCAGGGAAAGGCGAUAGUAUAUUAAACAGCAAAGGAAUAACCCAUAUUAUUCACGCUGCUCCCAAUCCACGGAGUAGUUUUACCUCCGACCAAGACUUUAUUAAUUGUGUAGUAAAAUCAGUUCAAAAUUCUAUUAUUUUAGCCGAUAGAAAUAAUUUUGAAUGCUUGGCUAUUCCGUUGGUAGGCGGUGGCACUUAUCGCGGCAAGGAAGAUAACCAUUUUGCCGGAGAAUUAAAAAACUUUAAAUUAAAGGGCAUAGAGGUCAGGACAAGAGAUAUCCGAGAAAUUAAUGAAGCAUUACAUAAAUCAAGUGUCAUUGUUAAUGCUGCUAAUACUCAUAUUGGUUUCGGGAGCGGAGUUUCCGGAGCCAUUGCCGAACAAGUGGGAGACAAAACUAAAAUAGAAGUCAAAGCUCGAGAGUUAAUCGGUAAGUUCUUCAACCCGCUUCCUUCUCCCACCCCACCUACUAAUAACGACCCAAAAUUAGAAAUUGAGGUGUGGUGUAACUAUCAAACCAUUUCGAACAAUCCUCCUGAUAAUUUUGAAGAUUAUUAUCGUUUUUGCUGUCUAGAUAUUUUGCCUGAUAAUACUAAUACUUCGAAAUCAAUUCCCCAAAAUUUUCGUGCAGAAUAUUCUUAUAAACUUACUAUUCUUGCCAAGGACAAAGACAAGAAGAUUUUUGAAGUAGAUGAUUUUGUAGAAUUAGAACUAAAAAAAAAUAACCAAUGUUUAAUUAGCAUCCAAAAAGAAAAUCGGCGACUUCAUUCAGAAAAUUUUUUGGCUUAUUUGCGUCAGAUUUGCGAAAAAACUAAUCGCCCUUUAAAAGAAAUAAAUGAAAUUUAUUUUACUUCCCAACCCAGCGGGCAAACCGGACUUAGAAUUAGUUUAGCCUUUUUGGCUACUUAUCAGGUUCUUAAUCCGAAAGUUAAAUUAUAUCACAUAAAUACUUUAUUACUACAAGCCGGAGAUAGUAGUUGUAUUAGUUUGUUGACUAUUGACAGUCAGGAAAGCAAGCAUUACCUAGCAGUUUACCAAAAUAAAAAAUGUCUCUUAGAAACUCAGACUGUUAAACAAGAAGAUUUGGAAAAAUUAACUAAAAAAUUCCCCGAUUUUUUAAUCCUAAAAGAUUUUCAAAGUAUUGAUUUUUUAACUAACUUUCAAAAACUUAAAAAUAAAUUUGUUCUAAUGGAUACAAUAGAGGAGAUUGAUUAUUAA